CGAUGCUAACGGCGAUAGAAUCAGAGGGGAAAGAGAAACCAAGGAGAGGUGUCAGGGCUUUGCCAACAAAUUAAGUGGCAUGAUUUUAACAAACUGUUGUAAAGGGCGAUGCCAUGCCAUAAGAAGAUCUUACAGUUUGGCCCUGUUUUGAUAUAAUCUUGUGAGUACGGAAGGUAGCUCCCCGGACCGCCAGAGUUUGGUAGGGUAGGCUCCAGUUCAUCACCGUACUGCAGUAUGUUCCGCUUGCCGAAAAGAGUGCAGCGCCGCGGCUAAGAUCUCGAAGCUUGAUCGGUCCCUCGGUUGUCAAAACGGUGGCUUUGUAGCGUUUAGCAUGCCUCUGUAACCCGUAUAUUGUGCCCGCCAUCCAUCGCUUCGUGUCAAUGAAUGUUGCAGAAAAUUGUAAAAUCAGUUAACGCGUUCCAACCGCAGUUUGGGGAAAAAAAUAACCAAAUGACAAUCACAAUCUAAUUUUGGUCCAGUAAACAACACGGGUUGUCAGCUGUGUCAGCGCGUCAGACGGCAUGGAGCGCGGGGGCAGUAUCCAGCUCGACAUCCCGGACUUUAGUAACUCGGUGCUGUCCCACCUGAACCAGCUUCGCAUACAGGGCCGCUUGUGCGACAUUGUUGUGAACGUGCAGGGCCAGAGUUUUCGCGCGCACAAGGUGGUGCUCGCUGCCAGCUCACCGUACUUCCGCGACCACAUGUCACUGGGCGAGAUGAGCACGGUCUCCCUCUCCGUGAUCCGCAACCCGUUGGUUUUCGAGCAGCUGCUGUCAUUCUGCUACACGGGCCGCUUGUGCCUGCAGCUGGCCGACAUCAUCAGCUACCUGACAGCCGCCAGUUUCCUGCAGAUGCAGCACAUCAUUGACCGCUGCACACAGAUCCUAGAGGCCAUCCAUUUCAAGAUCAACCUGGCUGACGUGGAUGGAGACCUGGUCAGCUCUCAGGGUGGCCCGGGCAGGACCUUGGAGUCUGGAAGCCUGAGUGGAGGUCCAGUGGGUACACACUUGAUCAGUCCCCGACUCUGUAGUAGUCCCAAGAUGACUGGCCCUUGUGGCAUGGGGGCAGCCAUGGAGGCUGGCAACACCAGUGAGCAGGAGGAGGUGAGCCCAGCAGGAAACUCCAUGAGCCCUCAGAUAGUAGAGCACAGUGGCAUGGUGGGCUCCGAGGGGGGCAAAGGGGGAGCAGGUAGCAUGAGGGAAAAGGAGCCAGUGCUGCGCAUCAACCGAGCGGGCCAGUGGUACGUGGAGUCCGGCCUGGAGGACAGGGGAGAGGAGUCUGUGGUGCGGGUGCCUGUCGGCCUGCGGAUCAAGACGGAACAUCUGGAGGACUGGGGCAGCGUGGAGGUGCAGGCGUCAGCCGCGGACGUCAGUGGGACGGAAGAGGAGGAGGGAGUGGCCCCCAUGAUGAUUGACGCCUCAGGCCGCAGCUCAAUGGUGCAGGAGGAGUUUGUCUCAGGUGCCUCAGGGCCCAAAAGCGCCCAGCCCUCCAGCAGCUUCAGCGAGACUGACAGGUUCAGUCCUACAGGUAGUGUGGUGGUGAUGGCAGAGCGGCAGAGGGCCAAGAGCGAGUCUCCAGGGAGAGUGUACGAUCAGAAACACUCCAGCUCACAGGGUGAGGAGCAGGCCAUGUACGACAUGGGUGGCUACGAGGAGUACCUGCGGGAGCAGGUGGGCGACCGCUGGUUCCGCUACAACCCGCGGCUCACCUGCAUCUACUGCUGCAAGUCCUUCAACCAGAAGGGGAGCCUGGACCGCCACAUGCGCCUCCACAUGGGCAUCACGCCCUUCGUCUGCCGCAUCUGCGGGAAGAAGUACACGCGCAAGGACCAGCUGGAGUACCACAUCCGCAAGCACACGGGCAACAAGCCUUUCCACUGCCACGUGUGCGGCAAGAGCUUCCCCUUCCAGGCCAUCCUCAACCAGCACCUCCGCAAGAAUCACCCCGGCUGCACCUCCUCCACCUCCCAGGAGGCCGCCCACAGCGCCUCCCCCGAAACCACCACCACCACCGUCUCCUCCAGGGGAGGCCAGGCAGACGACGAGUCGCCCGGCCAGGAGGAGAUGAUGGAGGGGAAAGGGGCAGGAGGUGGCGGUGGCGGGUCUGGGUCACAGGGGGAGGGCAUGCAGUCCUCGGUGUCCACCACGGGUCCUGACUGAGGUGUCACUCAGGAGAAUCAGGUAGGGGGGGUUGAGCGCCGGGGCCGGAGUGGAGCUCGCUCAUUCGCUCACUCUGUGGAGAAUGUGUAAAACCCUCCUGGUCUCCGCUCCGCACACAUGCAGUCUCAUCCUUACCUUACUUCUCAGCCCCUCAGUUGUCGACUCCCUUCUACAUUCUACCGUUUCCACUCCGAUAACCUACACAGCAGAGCCACAACCCACACACCUCAGCAACUAAACAAGUCACUCGUGAAUGAUUUUCAAAGCUGCUUUUCUUCACAGUCAGGAUGGGGGGAAAGAUUAUUCAUUGUUUGAGUAUGGAUAGCUGUUUUUUUACAUUCAUUUUAAAUAUCCUCAUGAAAAUUUGUGAUACAAACUGAUACAGAUGCAAGAGUUAGUGUACUAGCAUACUUUGUACGUUGGUUAUUUAAGAAUGGUCUUUCUGCUUUAAACCACAUCUACCUUCAAACAGUACAGAUUAAAACCAGAAGCUAUCUAAUGAAGAAACUCCACAACUUCCGUAGCCUCAUACAUACAUACAUACAUCGCUGGAUGCAGUGUUUUGCCUUUCCUGUCUUUAAUAUGUUACUGGAUUUUUGUUUUUUGUUUUUUUGUCUUCUUUUAUAAAAGCUUUUAUACUUCUUA